CCUCGAGAUAUCUGCAGUUUGCGAGGAAGCUCCAAAUACACUUACAUAGUCGACAUGGCUGCCUCCAAUGAACCGUUCUACAUCCGAUACUAUUCGGGACAUCAAGGACGACACGGUCAUGAAUUUCUUGAAUUCGAUUUUCGAGUCUUAGGAGAUGGAAGAAGUGCGUCUGCGAGAUAUGCCAACAAUUCCAACUACCGCAAUGAUUCCCUGAUUCGGAAAGAGAUGUGCGUCAGCUCUUUGAUGGUGGAUGAAAUCAAGAGGAUUAUUAAGACUAGCGAGAUCAUGAAGGAAGAUGACAGCAAAUGGCCACAGAAGAACAAGGACGGACGACAAGAGUUGGAAAUUCGAUUGGGAAGCGAGCAUAUUUCCUUCGAGACCGCCAAAAUCGGCUCCCUUGUUGAUGUCACAGAGUCUCAGGACCCUGAGGGCUUGCGUGUGUUCUACUACCUCGUCCAAGAUCUCAAGGCAUUGGUAUUCUCUCUGAUAGCCUUACACUUCAAGAUCAAGCCUAUUUGAAGAGCGAAUAUUGUACGACGAAGAAGGUCAUUGUGGCGUACGGCGUUGCUUGUGCACCAAAAAGGGAUACCAUAGAAAUGCGAAUGCAAGUCAGUCUGGACAACUGCGGCCAUUACUACAUCAUUUUGUGUAUUUUGACGUUCCGAAGGCUUGUGCUGUGGUAUUUGUGGCUCAUGUACAAUACCAAUAAUCCUGGCUUUGAAUGCUUGACAAUUCAGCAGGGUUCCAUAAGACAAGACACUUACUUUUUCAUUUAUUGAAUCUUCGCUUGUGACGGAGCGUCUGGCUGCAAUUCAAGAACGUAUUGGUUCUUCAAUUAAUGGAGAUCUAUUUAUACUCAUACUAUAU